GUGUUUCCAGCUGCUGCUGAGCAUAUGUAAGCAGUCAAAUCCAAGAAAAGAACGGGGGACACGUCAUUGUAGUCAUGGCUUACAAUGUCUAGUUCAAUGCAUGAUAUGGUAUUCGAGUCAGUAGUUUGUCUCAUAGUACUCAGCCGCACAAAAGGAAGGACAGUGACAUACCUAGGUAAUGAAGGGCGUAAAUGUCUUUUUUUCUUUUUGCCUCUUUUCUUCCUUCACUCCUCUGUGGUUUCUUUUUUUCUUUGUCUUCUACCUGGUAGCGGGUGAAACUAUUGGGUAUCAAGCAAGGAUCCCAUCACGGCUC